ACAGAACAUACGAGAUUAUCUGUCUUUUUCUUUCCUUUUUUUUUAGUCAAUAACAUUUUUUUUUCUUCUUCUCUGCUCCAGGGGGGAAAUUCGAAAGGUGAAACCUUUUGAUCAUCUCCAGGGGGAGCGAUCAAUUACUCUUCUUUCAUCAAUCCGCUGACUCCUUUUGACUCUCCUCGUCUGUCUUUGAUCGUCUCGACGAAUUGGGUUUCGUUCGAUUCGAUCAAAUCCCAGAACUUUUAAAGGUUUCAUUAAAGUGGGUUGCUUGAAGUAAUUAGUUAAUAGAGAAUGUCUUCUCUCAUCUCACAACAAUGGCAGGAGAGGACUAGUGGAUUCUUUUCUUCAUCUGGGACGAAGCUUAGGGAAGCGAGGCAAUCAGCUGGUAGUUUUGUGGGAGAAGUCGCUAAAGAUGCGAAAGUGAACGUUGCUGACGUUGCAGAAAGAGUUGGUUCCUUGUUCAAAAGCAGGUGGGCGAUUCUUCAGCAGCCUGCAACUAGACACGCCGUGCAAGAACAUCUCAUAACAGCUGCUGCCACGACCGGGACACUGGUGAGAAAGGGUAUCACUGAGACUAAAGAGAAGGUUUCCGUUGGAAAGAUCAAAGUGGAAGAGGCGGCGAAAAAGACUGCGCAAAAGAGCAAGACCUUGUUGACAGAUAUCGAAAGAUGGCAGAAGGGAGUUGCCAGCUCAGAUGUGUUUGGUGUUGCCAUUGAGGUCACUGUCCAGAGGCAGGAGUCAAGCAGGCCUAUUCCAUUUAUACUGAUGAAAUGCGCUGAUUAUCUCAUUUUAACCGGACUUAAUACACCGAACUUGUUCAAAACCGAAGGAGACAAAAAGUUGAUACAACAAUUGGUUUCUGCUUACAAUCAAGAUCCAAGCGCGUCGAUUCCUGAAGGCGUGAAUCCAGUUGAUGUAGCCGCACUCAUCAAAUACUAUCUAGCUAGCCUUCCAACACCACUAACUACUUUUGAGCUUUACAACGAAAUCAAAGACGCAAGGUCAAGCGUAACCAGAAUGAGAAAGUCACUCCAGAAGCUUUCCAGUGUGAACUACAAUACACUUGAGUUCAUAACAGCGUUGUUGCUUCGUGUGAGCCAGAAAGCACAACUCAACAAGAUGGAUUCACACAGCCUGGCUAUGGAGAUGGCUCCGGUGAUCAUGUGGCGAGAAGAGAAGAGGCCUGAGUCCUAUAGGGAAUACUGGAGACGCCCAUCGAGGAGUCCUAAGAAGAGCAUUGACUUUGAAACUGCUUCUCCAUGGGACUUGCUCUCAGAUGAAGGAGAAGGUGUGGUAGAUGCAUCUUCAUCGAUCUCUCUGGAUGAUAUUGUUCAAGUUGAUUUUGGUGCGGUCGACGUUGUGCAGUGCCUGAUUGAACAUCACAAUGCUAUUUUCACUGAUGCUGGGGAGACUGUAUGGAGGUGAAGAAAACAACAGUUUUAACUAAUCUUUCUCUGAUGAUUUGAGAUUUCUCAGUUUCUGGACCAACAGCAGAAGAUAUCCUACCAUUUUGAUCUUGAUAAUGAUUUAACUAAGUAAUGGUUUCAGUAAAUAAGCUUCGUUUUCAUUUGGUUAUUCUGUAAAACAUUCAUUGUUGAGACUUUCAGAAGCUGUUCAAAAAUAAGUUUCAUCAUAUAUCAAAAUAAAGCAA